AUGGCUAACGAGCGCGAAAAAAUCGCGAGGGAGAUCGAGCGGACGAGCGAGUCGAUCCGCAGGAAGCACCGCGCUCUGAAGACCGGUAGAAUCGACGAGGACCGUGCGCUGGACAGGCGUUUCGGGCCUAUCGUCGAGCCGUUGCGACGGAUCGCCGGUCCCGUCGUGCGCGCAACGAAGACAGAGUCGUAUGCCGCUACUCCUAAACGCAAGAGGGAGGAGGAGGAGGAGGAGGAGGAGGACUUCUUCGUGACUCCGCGCACGCGUUUCUUCGAUCGAACGCCGAUAACCUCCACACCGCAUGCACCUACCCAACCGUCGGAGUCGAUCGACUCCGAGACGACAACGUACGCGACGCUCGCGAUACCCGAUCAGAAUCAUUCGUCGGAGAACCGAGAGAAAUCACGAAUUAAUAUGGGCCCGCUGAGUCUGAGGUACGUCGAGCCUGUCCUGCGAGGACUCAACGACAGCGGGAUGGAUCGCGUGUACGGCGCUUACUUGGACAAGGACGGAUUGAUGCUCGGCAGUAAGCGUUUCGACGUGGAUAACGAGGAUAACAUAAUUAUCGACGGCGUGCGACACGCCGGUACACCCGGCCUCUACGAGCUGAUCUUCAAGAGAAUUCCCGACGAUACGCUUCAAACGGAACAAGACAUGCGCGAGUACAAGAGCCUGCUGCAGGCGACGAACGCGCACAGACACAAGCACCAUCCGCUGGGCCGAGUACUGGCCAACAGGGGAUACAAGUACAAGAAUGUAAUAAAGCCGUUGGUCACGCCUAAGAAAAAAUCUGGAAAAGGAGUACCUCGCGCCAUGACGUUGAACGACGGAGCGAUCGAGUACGUGCACUGGGACGAUCCCAACGAGCUGGUGGAACGUCUGCGCGGGCGUUAUUAUAAAUUGAGUAGCGUUUCGACGAAACGACUCAGUCGACCGUCGAGUAUCAUUAUGAGCGUCGAGAGGCGCAGACUCGUCGAGGAGUUGCACGCUCCGGCGAGAAGAAAUUUUCCGCGAAGACGCGUCGUGGUACGGGGAUACGACGAUCUGUGGCAGGCCGACAUCGUCGAGAUGCGGCCGUACUCGAGCCAGAACAGGGGCCGUCACUACGUGCUCACCGUCAUCGACGUGCUGAGCAAGUACGCGUGGGCCGCGCCGCUCAGGAGCAAGGGCGGUAGCGAGACGGCCGACGCUAUCGCGAAGAUAAUUCGCGAGAGCGGGAGAUGCCCCAAGAACCUGCAAACGGAUAUGGGGAAGGAGUUUUACAAUUCUCAUGUGGAGAAACUCUUGAAGAAGCAUGACAUCAAUCACUACUCCACGUAUUCCGUAAUGAAGGCGUCGGUGGUCGAGCGGUUCAAUCGUACGUUGAAGAACGACAUGUGGAAGAUGUUUACGCUCAACGGCACGUACAAGUGGGUCGACGCGCUGCCGCGUCUCGUGUCGGAUUACAACGCGCGCAAGCAUCGCACCAUCGGCAUGCGGCCCGCCGACGUGACCCCCGCUGUCGCCGAGAGACUCCUGGACACGGUGUACGGCGCGAUAAAGAUCGCCGGUCCCGCGAGGUUCAAAGUGGGCGACGCGGUACGCGUGAGCAAGUACAAGACGAUCUUCGAGAAGGGCUACACGCCGAAUUGGACCACGGAGGUGUUUCGAAUCGUCAGAGUGCAGAGGACCAAUCCCGUGACGUAUCUCUUGAAGGAUUAUCGCGGCGAACCGGUCGCCGGAGGAUUCUACGAGCACGAGUUGCGUCGCGUCGCUGAUCCCGACGUGUAUCUCGUGGAGAAAGUACUGCGUAAGAAAGGAGACAAGGUGUACGUCAAGUGGCUGGGAUUCGACGGAUCGCACAAUUCGUGGAUAAAUAAACGAGACGUCGUGUGA